GGGGAGUGGGUGGGCUCAGCUGGGGGUCCCAGCCGCUGGCAGCAAGGAGCACGGGAGGAACCUAGGCAACCAGCUGGGCACAAAGGCCACCCUCCCAGGAUGUCCAAGCCCCUCCCAUCUCCAAGAGGGGCGGGAACAUCAUGUGGACAGUGCCCACAAGUUGGCUCCUUCUGUGGCCAUGGGAGAUCCUGGGCCCUGGUGCUUCUAGCAGGUCAUAUCUUGAGUUCAUGUUUCCUGUUGACACAAGCUGUUCAGAACAUUACCAUUGAUGUCAGCCUGGACCCAGAAUUCCCCCUGGUAGGGCAGGAUGUCACCUUUGUCCCCAAAGGGCUUAUGAUAGACGUCAUCUCCUGCCUGUGGACAAAAGGGGAAAAGGAUGAAUCUUUCCCCAUCUUCCUCUAUCACCCACCCCCAAAAGCUGCAUUCUACCCUAAAGCAGCCUAUGACGGACGCCAGACGCCAAGCUUCGAUUGCUCCAUGCACAUCCGGAAUGUAACAUUUGACGACAUUGGUCUCUACGAAAUAUUCAAGACUAGAAAGAUUGCCAACGAAGUGGGUGAGGCCUUCUUACUGGUCACAGAAGAAAAGACUCCAGAGCUGAGAAAGCCUAGAAGUCUAACUUCUGGAGCUAUCGCAGGCCUCGCUUUUGGCUGCAUUGUGGGAGCGAUUCUUUUGGGGGUUAUGCUGAUAACUCUCCUGACUAUGUUAACUUCUACAAGCGAUGACUCGGACCCCACCGUGGUAACCAUCAUGCCUUCUAGAGCACGCUCUAUGGGAAGCAACAGACCUUCUCACUCAAGGAUGGAGAAUCAGCUGAUAUUAAGCAGCCACCAUGUCCGACCUGGGUGAAAGCAGAGAUCAUUCUAGUCCAGAAUUUAGGCA